AGUUCCAGCCUUCUGGGCUCCAGUUCCCUGGCGCCAUGGCCGGGACCUUGCCACAGCCUUCCUAUCAGUGCCUCCCGGCGUUUCGUAUGCUAUGCCAUGAUGUUUUGCUAUAAACAUCUAUAAACAUGGCAUUUGCGGACCCACAGCGUAGUGUGUAGAUCCGACAGUCUCAGAGCAGACCUCAAUAUCUUUUAGCACUGUUCAGAUCCACCCUCGGAUGGGUGGUUGUAGCAGCCGUCGACGAGCCACUGCUGCUGCCAAAGCAAGCGCGUCCACAGCGGCCAAUGCAGCCAUUGCUGAGGGCAAGUCUGCCUAUCAGGUUGCAAGCAUUGCGGGCGAGGCGGCACAAAAAGUGGUUAUCGCCGCUGGCUUUUGCAGCCAGCAGGUGGCCAAGGUGGUCUUCCAAGCGGCGGCAGACGCCACCAAGGACACGGUUCUAAGCCAUGCGCGGCUGGGAGUUGCCAGCGAAGCCGCUGGCAAGGCGGCCAUUGCUGCCGGAGCCACCAAGAAGGAUGCAGCAAUGCAUGCUGGCGAGGCCGCCGCCGCCAACGCAUUUUUUUGCGGCAGCCUUGCCUGCCUAGCAGCUGAACAAGCAGGCGAGGCUGCUGCGCAGGCAGCCUUGGCUGUUGGCGCUAGUCAAUCCGAGGCUGUCGAAGUGGCAGCCUUGGUUGCUGGCUCGGUAGCGCGACGAGCCGCCCAAGCUGACGGUCUUUGCCCAGACGAUGCAGGCGAGAUUUCCGCUGACGCUGCAAGACGGGCAGAAGACUACGCCAAGCACCUGACACCCGUCUCAGUGUUGGUGACACCUGGAGCAGAACCAGAACCAGAAAGCCACGACCCAUCACGCAAAACGUGUUCUGGAAGCAAGGCAACGGGCCAAGCUUCAGGCGUAUCCUUAGGUUCAGACGAAACUUCAGGCAUCGGCUCCAGCGUUUCUAACAAGGCGGCAGCAGCGGCUUUUCUUUGCGAACCCCAAUGAGCAGGCGGCUGCUCUUGGCCAUGUGAGUGGCAUUGAGGGCUUGGCGCAGUUUCGUGACAAUGCUCAUGUGCAGUGCUCGCCAUAGGUUGUUUGCCUGCA